AUAUGUAUUAAGGUUGCCUCCAUUGCUAUCAAAAACUCGCCACUGGAUUAUGUUAUCUGAUCAGUAGCGUUCAAUUUUUAGCUCUCGAGGCUGUUAUCGAUACCGAUAAAUGAAACAUAUUAACGUUUUGUUAUCCUUGUAUCGCAAUGAAGUUACGUUGCUUGUAACGUCGAUGUUCGCGCGUAACUACUGGGUUCCAUUUGUCAAGACAUUGACGCUAGCAGCUAGCUUGGGCUAGCUGCCCGUACUGUGUGUUCGUUUCGUCAAGUUUGUUUCAUUGGAGCCACAUUAGUUUACCACUACACCACACUUCAGCUGCAACAAUAGUUUUAACAACACUUUGGGACCACAAAGAGCUUCAAAGAAUGCUGGCGACGGGAGCUGCUGUAACUAACGUCACAGCCCUGGCCCAGGUAGACCGGGAGAAGAUCUACCAAUGGAUCAAUGAGUUGUCCAGUCCAGAGACCAGAGAAAAUGCCUUGCUGGAGCUCAGCAAGAAACGCGAGUCUGUGCCAGACCUGGCACCAAUGCUCUGGCACUCCUGUGGCACUAUUGCUGCCCUGUUGCAGGAAAUAGUGAACAUCUAUCCAUCUAUAAACCCACCUACGCUUACAGCUCACCAGUCUAACAGAGUCUGCAAUGCCCUGGCACUUCUGCAGUGUGUUGCCUCACACCCGGAGACACGGUCAGCUUUUCUUGCCGCUCACAUCCCUCUUUUCCUUUACCCUUUUCUGCACACUGUGAGCAAAACACGUCCGUUUGAGUACCUGCGACUUACCAGCCUCGGAGUCAUAGGUGCCUUGGUCAAAACAGAUGAACAAGAAGUGAUUAACUUCCUCCUCACCACUGAAAUCAUCCCGCUGUGUCUCCGCAUCAUGGAAUCAGGGAGUGAGCUCUCCAAGACGGUUGCUACUUUCAUACUGCAGAAGAUCCUGUUGGAUGACACAGGGCUGGCCUACAUAUGUCAGACGUAUGAACGUUUCUCCCAUGUGGCCAUGAUCCUUGGCAAAAUGGUGCUCCAGCUUUCUAAAGAACCGUCAGCUCGCCUGCUGAAGCACGUUGUUCGCUGCUACCUUCGCCUCUCAGACAAUCUCCGAGCCAGAGAAGCCCUGCGCCAGUGUCUGCCAGACCAGCUGAAAGACAGCACCUUUGCCCAGGUGUUGAAAGACGACACCACCACAAAGCGCUGGCUGGCACAGUUGGUGAAGAACCUGCAGGAGGGCCAAGUCACCGACGCCAGAGGCAUCCCACUGGCUCCGCAGUGAUGAGGAACUAAGUGUGUGUUUACAGCUGACGCAGACGGACUCUCUCAUCACUGUCUCGAUUUUGUAUUUUGCCAAAUGUGGCGCUAAGACUGUCUGCAAAGGGAAGGACAUGAUAGAAGAUUUGCUUUUGGAUAGAUAAUUUACACCAGUUUUUUCUGCCAGUAUGUCACUUCACACAAGGUCACGACUUCAAAACUGAAAACCAGUUUUUUUUUAAAGAUCCAGACUGAUCGUAGAUUUUCAAAACCGAUACGGAUAACUGAUAUUUGAGAGUAACUUAAAUCCAAUAAUGAUAUAUUGGCUGUCUUCUUGUUUCUGACGUAAAUGUUUUUGGCAAAAUGAAAAAAAAUGUGUGAUUAAGAUGUUUUACAGAACAAGAACAUUAUUUUUUGAACAUUAACCUACACUGAACAUAAAUAACUAUUUGUAACAGACAAAUGAAUUACAUUUGAAAUAAGUCAUGUGCCAUAUGUACAUUAAACUGCAGCCUGUAAAACAUUUAUUGCUGCAGUUACCCACAUUGCAAUAUCUAUCUGGGUGUUUGUCAGCAUAUCAAUACUGAUCUAUCCACGAUAAGCCAGUAUCAGUUGUUUAUAUCAGCUCUUCCAAAAUAUCGGUCAGCUCUUGUCUUUUCCCGGUUAGCACUGUAACUUUCUGUAACAUUCCACUUCAAAGUAGGAACUGUUAUUUCUUUUGCUUCUUGCGUUUCCAAUAAGACUUUUUAAUCUUCUA